GAUCAUUGAUCGGCUGCCGUCUUUGGAUAAGUACUUGACCUCAGCGAAGCUAUGCAGGGACUUUCUGUGAGAUCGGGCCGAAAAGUCUGUCUGUCCUUGUACGAGGUCUCCAGAUCUGUGGUUAUCAACUUAAAUUGUACAGCUUAAUUGCUUUACCUUUAUUCUUGCAAGAUCAUUUUCCGUGCUAUCGGCAUCGAUGUAAGAGUGGCUAGAGGAUAACUUUAGGCAAUCAUGGAGUGGAGGCCGGGUCCUCAGGCGGCGAAAACAUUGAGGCAGCGUGUUAUUCUCCUGGCAGGCCUCCCUGGAUCUGGCAAAACAACAGUAGCAGGGCAGCUACAGAGUCUGGGCUGGGUGUGGGUCAACCAGGACACCCUGGGGAGCAGACGGGCAUGCGAGGAUGCUUUGGUUGCAGCGCUCGCUGCUGGCCUGGAGGUAGUGGUUGACCGCUGCAACUUCGACAUCACUCAGCGCAGCACCUUUUUGCAGCUUGCACGCAGGUUUGGGGCAGUGGUGAUUGCCCUGCAACUCACCACCCCUGUCGAUGAGUGCAUUUGCAGGGCGAAAGCCCGCCCAAUUCAUCCCACGCUCCCAAGGGAAAACACUGCUACAGUCAUAGAAAGAUUUGCGCGCGAUUUUGUGGGUAUUAAUCCGAGCGAGGGAAUCGGGGAGGUGUACACGGCAGCGAAUCAGGAGGAGGAUACUUUCAGGAUAGGCAUCUUCACAUCAGCGAGCAGCAGGACUUGUGAGACAGUGGUGCCCAUGCUCGAGAGAGCGGCCGGCAGCAGUGGGAGGCCGCUGCUGGCAGAGAAGGACUUCAUCCUGACCCGGAGCCACACAGUUGGAGCGCCCCAUUCCCACGUCAAGGGAGGGGGCAACACGUGGGACACCGUGAAGCCCCUGAACCAGUGGUUCAAGGACCUCAGCAGAGUUUUCCUGGUGGAUGACGACGCAUACAAGGCGGUUUUAGGUGAGGAGAACAACAUGAUUGUGGUGCCCUGCUGGGAGAACGAUGAUGGCGACGCAGUGCUGGCAGCCCUGACAGACGCGCUGCUUGACAUAAUGGGCAACCUCUCUCCGGACACCGAUGUGCGGCGCUACACCAAAGCUGUGCAGGAAUCUGUGGCGGUCACAGUGGGGCGGCCUGUCAGCGGCGCUGCAAGGGGCGCAAACCCAGAGGAGAUUGACCUGGAGGAUGCAGAUGACAGCAUGGAGGAGGAGAGCCAGGAGCACGCCAUUCCUGCAGCGACUAACGACGCUGCCCAGCAGUCCCACCUUGUCAUGGUCUGACUUCUAGACCGUGUCUGUACAAAAGGACUCAUGGAACUGCUCGUGUCCCAAGCAUACGUUCCAACAUUUGCUGAAUAAUGGUGACAUCAGCUCCUGACCUCGUGGUAUUCUUAUAACUGCUGACCUUAUAAUGGUCACAUGUUGCAGAUGGGAGACCAUCCAACUGUUGCAGGGAUGACAAUAUUGGUGCUGACAUAAUUAAGUGUCAGAUGAUGUGCUGGACUGUUGGGUAUGUACCUCUCGUACGCUAUCCGAUAGAUUGAGUCAAUUUAAUUUGGUAUACCAAAUUGAAUUGACUACGUACGUACAGCUAGCUUUUAAUCGUCGCACCAGUCCUGUCAUGACCACAGGCCAAUCAGUACAGCGCUGCCAUAGCUGCACACCAGGACGCUUGACAUUUGCAACUAGGUUCAGGGUUUGGCCAGACUCAUACAGCAUGCCAGCAGCUGCGCGUGUCUUAUUAUUAUUACAGGUCGGCAAACCCAAAGCCAGAGGCCAUAGGGCAUUAAUACUAUUAAUAGUAUGUGCCUAGGCACAGUGCUGCCGGCAGCUGGCGCCAGGGCUUGGCAGCCAACUGGCCAGACACAUUCUAUUCCUAGAAAGCAUGUGUAAUUCGCGUCCUCC